AAAAAAGUCGGUAUUUUGUGUCCCACUGUCCCAAUAUUCCACCAAGUGAGCCUUAAACUUCCUUGGAAAGAAUCGACACGAAGAAGCUGAGCAAGUCACCACACCCUUACAUACGCAAUGAAUUAACCGAAGUGUGUGGACACCUCUCUAUAAAACCCACACAGUUAUUAUCUUCUUAUUCAUCUUCCUUCCAUCAUCAUGGACAGCUCCAUCACAACUUUUACAAAGUUUCUGCUUGCUUUUGUCAUCAUAGCAACAACUAUUAGCAUUAAAGGCCUGUGUACUCCAAACUCAGAUGCAGUUUGCAUUCAAAGUGAGAGACAAGCCCUCCUGAGGUUUAAGCAACAUCUUAAAGAUCCUUCCAAUAGGCUCUUGUCUUGGACCAUCCAACAAGACUGCUGCAAAUGGGCUGGAGUUGUUUGCAACAACUUAACCGGUCAUGUCCAGAAGCUCCACCUUCGUGCUACUCCAUCUGACUUUUUUUCUUCAGACGACUUAAAGUUGGGCGGUAACAUUGAUGCUUCUUUGAUAAACUUGAAGCAUCUGCGUUACCUGGACCUAAGCAACAAUGAGUUUGGAGGAAUUCGAAUUCCCGGAUUCAUUGGUUCUCUGAAAAGUUUAAGAUAUCUGAAUCUCUCUCUUGCAGGAUUUGAAGGGGUGAUUCCACAUCAGCUUGGAAAUCUCUCCAGCUUGCGCUAUCUUAUUCUUGGAGAUUUCAAUUCCUAUUACUCCAAUUACAAUUCCUUGCAGAGUGGUGAGAAUCUUGAGUGGCUUUCGGGGCUUGCUUUGCUACAGCACCUGGACAUGAGUGGGGUGAACUUGAGCAGAACAUAUGACUGGCCGCAGGUGAUGAACGCCCUACCUUGUUUGGUUGAAUUACAUUUGUCCUAUUCUAGUCUUUCUCACUUUGUUCCGCCGUUACCUCCUGUUAAUUUUACGUCUCUUAGAGUCCUUGAUAUUUCUGGCAAUAGUUUUGGUUCUCUGUUACCUAUUGAUUGGUUGUUCAGUAUAAAAGGCCUCAUCUCUCUUAAUCUACGUUACAAUAUUUUGCAAGGUCCAAUUCCAAGUGGUCUUCUUAACAUGUCUAGUACUCUUGUACAUCUCGAUCUGUCCGGAAAUCAUUUGAAUUCUACCAUACCCACUUGGUUGUACAGCUUUAAGCGUCUCGAGUCCCUUGACCUUGGUUCCAAUUCUCUGCAAGGUGUGAUCUCUAGUGCCAUUGGAAAUUUGACUUCUCUCAUUGAAAUCCACCUAUCAUUCAAUGAACUUGAAGGUAAAAUACCAAGUGAAUUACAAAAUCUUUGUAACUUGAAGGCGAUUGAUUUGGCAGUUAACCGAUUUCGUGGAGAGGUAUCACAAGUGUUUAAAAGUUUGUCCGUAUGUGCUAUAGAUGCUUUGGAGUCGUUGGAAUUAUUUUCCAAUCAACUUUCUGGUCAUUUAACAGAUCACCUUGGACACUUUAAAAGUUUGCGCUCCCUCGAUCUAUCGAGUAAUCUAAUUUCCGGUACCAUUCCCGAAAAUCUUGGACACCUUUCAAAGUUGGAAUUCCUUUCGAUCGUUGAUGAUUUGUUGGAAGGGGUUGUUUCUGAAGUUCACUUUGCUAGUCUUGCAAAUUUAAAAUACUUAUAUGCGUAUCAAAAUUCAUUGACUUUGCAGUUGAGUCCAAACUGGAUCCCACCCUUCCAACUUGAAGAAAUACAGUUGAGUUCUUUGCGUGUGGGACCAGAAUUUCCUACGUGGCUUCGAUCACAAAAAGAAAUUUCAAUCUUGGUCCUAUACAAUUGCUGCAUAUCAGAUGAGAUUCCCUCUUGGUUUUGGAACUGGUCUUCCUCCGCUUAUUAUGUAAACCUUGCUCACAACCAAAUCCAUGGACAGAUCCCAUACAUUCCAAAAUUUGAUUAUUAUUUCUCAGUAGUUGACUUGAACUCCAACAAAUUUAGCGGUCCAUUACCCAUUGUCUCUCCUAAUAUAAUUGAACUAGAUCUUUCCAACAAUUCAUUUUCAGGAGAAAUUUCUAACUUCCUGUGUCACUCCAGUCACAAACCGCAUCAACUGGUAUAUCUUAAUCUUGAUGAAAAUCUUUUGUCCGGAGAUAUUCCAGAUUGUUGGAUGAAUUGGCAGUCGCUAGAAUCCAUCAAUCUACAAAAAAACAAUUUCAAUGGGACCAUUCCAAGCUCCAUGGGAUUUCUAAGUAGUCUACAACUCAUCAAUCUACAAAAUAACAAUUUCACUGGGACCAUUCCAAGCUCCAUGGGAUUUCUAAGUAGUCUACUACUCAUCAAUCUACAAAAUAACAAUUUCACUGGGACCAUUCCAAGUUCCAUGGGAUUUCUAAGUAGUCUACAAUCAUUACACAUGCGCAACAAUAGCCUCUCUGGAGAACUACCUUUAUCUUUACAAAAUUGCACAGAUUUAUUGACAAUUGACUUGGGUGAGAAUAAGUUUGUUGGAAGCAUACCAUCGUGGAUUGGGAAAAGGCUUUCAAAAUUGAUGGUUCUUAGACUUCGAUCAAAUAAAUUUGAUGGCAAAAUUCCUCCUGAGAUUUGUCACCUCGCAUCUCUUCAACUCUUAGAUCUUGCAUACAACAAUUUGUCGGGAGCAAUACCGCGGUGUAUCAACAAAUUCACUGCCAUGGCACUGAAAGGGAACUUAUCCACUGGUCGUCUCAUUAUUCGAUCCAAUCAUAGUGCUUGGUUGGAGAUUGCAAUUGUUGUAACAAAAGGAAGAGAGAUUCAAUAUGACACCAUUCUCAGAUUUGCAACCAGCAUGGACCUUUCAAGCAACAACUUAUCCGGAGAGAUCCCCGAGGAGGUAACAAGUCUCUUGGUCUUGCGAUCGCUGAAUUUAUCGGGAAAUCAUUUGACAAGUUUGAUUCCAAGUACGAUUGGUAAUAUGGUACUGUUAGAGUCUCUUGAUCUCUCAAGGAACCAACUUUCUGGUGAAAUCCCAACAAGUAUGUCGGAUAUGACAUUUUUGAAUUACUUGAAUCUGUCACAUAAUUACUUGUCAGGGAAAAUUCCAUUGAGCACUCAACUCCAGAGCUUCAAUAUUUCUAGCUUCAUUGGGAACGACCUUUGUGGACCUCCCGUCACAAACAAUUGCCGUGUGAAUGAAGUAAUCCCCAAGAUUCAAAAUGGAGGAGACAAAAGAAAUGAAGCUAAAGUGGAUUGGUUUUAUUUGAGUUUGGCGCUAGGAUUUGUAGUUGGUUUUUGGGGUGUCUGCGGUCCCUUAUUAUACAACAAAUCGUGGAGAUUUUCCUAUUUUCAUUCUUUAGAUCGCAUGUGGUACAAAAUUACCGGUUGUAUUAGUAAUAAGGUCUAAACUAUCCAUAGAUUCCAACAGUUAAUUGAAUGCUGUGUUUUAGGCCUUCACAUAUAAUAAAACUGCUACUUUUAUGGGGGUGGGGUUGGUACUGUGCUUCUUUUAUUUUAAAUGUCUGAUAUAUUAUGGUUGAAAUCUUUGCGAGUGUCUAGUAUUUAUGGUUGAAGUACUAUUUAUGACUCUCUAUAUGUGACACACACACACAUAUAUAUAUAUUGGUAAUUAAGCAUUAUAUAAUUCAAACAAAAUAUGUACAAAUAUUCCCCGUUCAAAAAUUAUUACAUGGUAUUAAGCAAAAAAAUUAUUGAAAGUGGUAUAAAGCUGACACAUUUAUUUAUGUGUCACUUUGUGGUUGAUCCGGACCAUAUAAUAAUUUUUCCAAAACUAGAGCCAAAACAGAUAUAGAACUUCAACAAUUGUUACCCUUUUCUUUAUCAUCAUUGUGAAGCAAACAUGGUCCACCUAGUCGAUUCAGUCUUAAACUUAGAAACUCUAGUGUAUACGCAGAGCUUCGUGUGGACAAAUUGUGUGUAAGAUGACAAAGUCAAAGUGACUG